AUGAUGGGUAAAUUUGGGUUUUCAAAGUCUGGAUCGGGGGAGGGCCAUCACACCGAGAGCUACUCGCCCACGAAAAUGCUUGAAGUCGUCAAUGCGCCGAUUCCUUCAAUCGUGUUGAACAACGUUUUGGCCAUUCCACCAAACACACUGAUUGCCUGCCAGUAUGUGAUCUGCGAUAACCGCUACGUGUUCUCGGUCCAGGUUGUACCAAGCAUGGCUCCGAACACUUUAGGUGUUGGCGGACCUCAGCGAGAAUGGGCACAAUGGACUUUGCGGCAGCAGGUUAGCGUUACUCCAUUCGACAUCUUCGCCGGAGGCAAUACCCAAGUGUAUCUUGCCGCGAUGGAGAUUGAGGUUGACUUUUACAACCGGAGCAAGGCUACAAAUACUCCUUAUGAUCAAGAAGCACUGGCAAAGAUCUUCCGCACAAACUUUCAAGAUCGGAUUUUCUCCCCUGGACAGAUGUUUGCCAUGGACGUGGGUGGAGUCAACUUCAAAGCAAUUGUGCGCCACACCCAGGUGGUCGAUAUGAGCGAUUUCAACGGCGAUCGUGGAGAGAAUAAGCGCGGUAUUGUUCUGUCCCAGACCGAGGUCAAUUUCGUCAAGGCCGCAAACAGUCUUAUGCAGCUCAAGGGCGGAAGCAACCGUGCCCGGACCAAUUUGCUGAUGCCCAACUUCAAAUUCGAAAGUUUGGGUGUUGGUGGUCUAGACGAGGAGUUCUCCACCAUUUUCCGCCGUGCCUUUGCGUCUCGUAUCGCUCCUCCGGACUAUAUUGAGAAGCUAGGCAUUCGUCAUGUUAAGGGUAUUUUGCUUUAUGGUCCUCCCGGUACUGGUAAGACACUUAUUGCUCGCCAGAUUGCCAAGAUGCUGAAUACAGUUGAGCCCAAGAUUGUCAAUGGUCCUGAAAUGCUGUCCAAGUUUGUUGGCGGCUCUGAGGAGAACAUUCGUAAGUUGUUUGCCGACGCAGAAGCAGAGUUUAAAAGCAAGGGUGACGACUCAAACCUGCAUAUUAUCAUUUUUGAUGAACUGGAUGCUGUGUUCAAGCAGCGCGGUUCCCGUUCAGAUGGAACUGGUGUUGGCGACAACGUCGUCAACCAGUUGCUCGCCAAGAUGGAUGGUGUCGACCAGCUAAAUAACGUUUUGAUCAUUGGUAUGACCAAUCGACGAGAUCUCAUUGACUCUGCUUUGCUUCGUCCGGGUCGUUUCGAGGUUCAAGUCGAAAUCCCACUGCCCGACGAGAACGGCCGCCGGCAGAUCUUUGAAAUCCACACUGCCAACAUGCGCAAAAAUCAUAUGAUGGCAAAAGAUGUAGACCUCGGUGAGCUUGCGGCCUUGGCGAAAAAUUAUAGUGGUGCUGAAAUUGAAGGUUGCGUGAACAUGGCCACAUCAUAUCCCAUGGGACGCGCUUUAGAACUUCAUAAGGGCAGUACCAAGAUGGAUUUCAAAAAGGAAGAAUCGCUUGUUACUCGAGCAGAUUUUUUGGAGGCUAUCAAGAACCUCAAGCCGGCGUUCGGUGUUAGCGAGGCUGAUCUGACAGAUGUUAUCAAGUACGAUGUUUUGAGAUACUCGCCCAAGAUUGAAGAUAUCCUUUUGCAAGGUGAGAAACUCAUCAAUCUGGUGAAGAUGAGUGAUACUAUCCGUUUGGUUAGCGCUCUCAUGUAUGGUGCUCCAGGAGCUGGCAAAUCUUCUCUUGCUGCUCAACUUGCCCUAACUUCAGGCUUCCCACUUGUCAAAAUGAUUUCCCCCGACAGUGUGGCUGGUAUGUCUGAACAGCAAAAGGUCAACCAUAUCCAGCAGGUAUUUUUGGAUGCAUACAAGUCACCGUUGAGUGCAGUCAUUGUCGACCAGCUUGAAGAUAUUAUUGAGUACAAUGCCGUUGGACCCCGGUUUUCUAACACCGUCAUUCAAGUCAUCAAUGUCUGUGUACAGCGUUACGCCCCUCACGGACACAGAUUAUUGGUACUUGCCACAUCUUCAGACUUCAAGGUGAUGGAGAGUUUGGGUAUGGCUCAUCGAUUUUACCGUCAACUGUACGUGCCCAAUAUUCACACCUUGAAUGAGCUACAGAAUGUCUUGGAACUCGCAGACUUCUCUAACCCGGCCUGUCGCAGAAAUAUCGUGGAGACUAUUCGCAAAGAGGUUGGUUCCGAGAGCAUCAAUAUGGGAAUCAAGCAGGUUGUCACAAUCAUGGAAGAGGCCGUCGCUAACGCUCCCGAUGAUGUUGAGCAGGAGUUUGUCAAACAGUUCCUACUUCCCCAACUUGAAAAGUCGUACGAGUUUGCCAACGAGUUUUAG